GCUCGAGAUCGAUUGACCAAAACGAAUAUUGUGUGUGUCAUGAUAAAUCGGUAUACAAGUGUAUACUACGGCAAAUACGGAAUUUAAAAACAAAAAUAUAUAUACAUUACAUAUGUACAUACAUGUAUACACUUAUUUAUAAAAUUCAUGUGCAUUUAUAGAGGGUCAUUCUAAACGCAAAUUAUUCGAAUUUCAUUUUGCACAAAAUAUUUUUUCUUAUUCAUAAACUUUUCUUAACAAAAUUAUUUUGUAUAUGUAGAUUAAAUAAUAAAAAAGUUUUAUUGUGAAAAGUGCAAUUUUUUUAAAUAAAUAAACUUUAUUGUUAAAUGAGUAAAAACAAAAUUUUAUAAAAUUAUUAAAAAAUUUUAAAAAAUCAAUGAUUAAUGUUAUACGUAUAAUUAAUUACAAUUAUACCACUUUAAUGUGGAUGUCUCUAAAUUCUUUGUUUUUUUUUUAUAAGUAAAAGUGCAAUUUUAAAAAAUCUAUGUUUUUUUUAUUAUAACUUUAAUAUUUAUUUAGAAAAGUUUUGUAAUAAACAUACUACAUACUACAUACAUAUAUAGAGGAAAAUAUAUUUUCGCUGUUAAAGAUGGGAAACGUUUUGUGCAAAAAUCGUGCAAAUCGAUCUGGUAAUAAUAACACAUCUAAUGGAAAAAAUCCUGUUGAUCGGGUUAUUGGAGAAUGUAUGCAGAUUUGUCCAAAUGGAAUCAGAAAGAAGAAGCAUUUUUGGGAAAAGCAAGUAUUUGAAACAGCACCACCAUCCGAACCAUUACAAGAACAACCAAAAUCUCAACAAAAAAAUGGUUGGCAAAAUGCAAGUUUAACAGUUCCAGAUCAUCCAGUUGCUCCACCAAGAAAGAAAAGAACAUUACAAAGGAAUACUGAUCCAUCUGAAAAAAAUGCUUUUGAAGAAAUUAAUUUGAAUGGAGAAAUACCAGAAAAAUAUAACGAAAGGUCUGUUGAUCGAGAAGAAUACAACGAAAGAUCUGUGGAUCCACCAGAACCAUUAACAACAACGACAUCAACUAACGUUAAAACUAAUCAAUUGAGUCUAACUAAUAGUACUAAAAAUGAUGUGCCACAAAAAGUAACAAGAACAGUAUCAAAAGUCGGUAAUAAAAAGUCUGACAAAUUUUUUGGUGAAAGUUUAUCAGAUUUAUCGAAUGAUUACGAAAAUGAUAAAAAAUUGGAAACAACAACAACUACUACAACAACAGUAACAAAAACUGAAUCGACAAAAAAUGACAAUGAUCAAAUUCAAAAAUCUGAAAGUCAAAAUAAAAAAAUUGAAGAAAAUUUUACUAAAAAUAAAAAUAAUGAGGAAAUUAAAUUAAAAACACAAAAUUCAACUGAUAAAAUUGUUCAAGAAAAAGAUUCAAUUUCUGCUGAAUUAGCUAGAGAAUCAGUUAUAGAUUUAGUUGAAGAUAUAGAAGAAGAAUUAAAUAGAAAAAUUACUAAAGAGCGUGGAAAUUUAUUGUUUGCAAUUGAAAAACAUUUAAAAGAAGAAAAACCAACAGAAGAUGACUUAGAACGUUUUAAAGAUGAAAAACCGUGUGUCGAAGAAGUCAUUGUACCAGUAAGACGUUUAGUUAAACGUCAUAUAUGUGACGAUGAUGAUAAAAUUAAGGAGUUUAUUGGAGAUAAUCCAACAAGAAAACAACAAUCUCAAUCACAACUCGAAAAUGAUAUUGAGAAUCAAAAAAAUUCAUUAGAUCCAAAUGCACCUAAGAAACCACAAAGGGAUUUUGCUAAAUAUAGAAAAUCAUUAAAUGGUGAUGAAUUCGAUAUUAGUCAAAUUAUUGAAGCAGUUAAUCUAAAUGAAGAAGAUAAAUCAAAAGAAAAGAAAAUAGAAAGUUCAACUCAAACUACUGGUAAAAUAGCAGUUCGUGAAAAAGCUCAUCAUGCAAAACAAGAAGCUGAAAAUAUUUCUAAAAAUGUUAAAUUAUUAUUGGAUAAUUCCAUUAAUAAAGAACAAAUAAAUAGUCAUAAUAAAAUAACACAAGAAACAUCUAAAUCACCAAUUCCAAUUGUAGAAAAAACAUCAUCCACAAAUGUUAAAGCUGAAAUGAAAAAUUUCUUAGAUAAUAUUGGUAAACUUAAAGCUGAAAUUAAUAAAAAUGCAGAAAAACAAAAUGAUGAAAUUGAAAAUGUGGCAAAAGAUUUAGUAGAUAAUGUACUUGAUACAGCACAAGAUUGUAUUAAAUCGGGUAAACUACAAUCAGAAUUCAAUUCAUCUGAUAAUGUAGAAGAUACUGUAAAAAUAAAAAAUCAAAAGAAUGAACUUUAUAAAUUAAAUGAUAAAAUACAAAAUAAAGAAAAAAUUGAAACCAACAAUAGUCAGAAUGUUAAAUUUGAAAUUGAACCACAAACAAAAAUGGAAGAAGUUGUUAAAAAAGAUUAUCUUCAAGAAAUCAUUACUGCUCCAAUUCUAAAAUUAUCCGAUAAAACAACAGCUGCAUUAAAAGAAGCCCAGGCUUUAAAAGAAGAACUCAAUUCCUCAAUGCUAAUUGAAUCAAACAUUUUAAAACAUACUGAUAAACCUUCCAACAUUUUAUCUGAAAAUUUAGAAAAUGAUACAUCAGAAGUUCGGAACGAAGUACAAUAUAUAGAAGAUGAAAAAAAUCAUGAAAAACAUUUAAAAAAAGAAAAAUCUGUUGAAGAUUGUAUAGAUUGUAUGAAAAAUGAUGCUUCGGAAAUUAUCAAAGAAGUUGUGGAAUAUGCUGAGCAAGUGGUUAACGAUCCAAAUAUUCUAAAAGAAAAUAUAAAAAAUAAUUUUUCAACAGAAAACGCAACAAACAGAAAUUUAGAUGAAAAUGAAAAAAUUAAAAAAUUGAUGAAAAAGCCUUCAAUAACUUUAUUUGAAGAAAACGGUACAGAAAAUUUUAUUAUCGAAUUGAAAAAAGAAGCAACUCAAACGGUCAAAGAUGUAUGUGAAUAUGCGCAAAAGACAAUUAAUAAGAAUUCAGAUGAACCAUUUCAAUUAGCUCCAAAAAAUGAUAAAAAUAUAAAUGGAGUUAAUCUGGAAACUGAAGAAAUUUCACGAGAAUUCGAAACUAAUUUAUCAGCAAUAAAAACUCCUCAAAAGAAUAGUUUAAAUAUUCGACCAAAUAGAAUUUCAGAAAUAACACCUCCAACUCAACUACAACAACAUGUAUAUAGACGAGCGUUUAGUACUCAAUCGGUUGAAAAUGAUGCAGAAGAAAAUCAAGAAUCAAAUAAUGAUAAAGUUUUUAAUGAAAUAUUUUCAGCAGUUCAAGUUGCCCAAGAAAAAUCAAAAUCAACGGAUAACAUAUUAGAAAACGAUAAAAUAAAUCAUGGACUACCCCCAAGGCCAUCCAGAAACUCUGAAAUCAAUAAACCAAGUUUAAUAAACUCUGAAAAAAUUUUACGUCGCUGCUUAAGCACUCAAUCAUAUCUAACCCCCAACUUAAUUGAAAAAAUUGCAUUACAAGCUAAUAUUUUAUCGAUGCCAGACCCAGAAGAUAUGGGAACAAACGAUGGAAGCUCUUUGGUUUCACCAAAUUAUCGUCUUGAUUCAAAAAGGUCUGUUAUAAAUUCACAAUCAUCUUUGAACAGUGAAAAGUCAACUGAUUCUGAUAUAAAAAAUAUGAAAAGUACUCCUGUUCCACCAUUGCCACCGAAAAAACCAGUUAAAGAAGAAAUUAAUAGAGUAAUGAAUGAGGAAAACAAAUUUUUAAUUGCACCACAAAUUAAUCAAAAAAGUACUAAAAUGGAAAUAUCAACAUUACCUUUACAAACAAAGGAACAAAAAAUCACUGCUCCUGCAAUUGUUGUAAGAUCACCAAUAACAACAAGAUCACCUAGUCCAGCAAGGCCAUCAAGAAUUCCUGAAUUGCCAAAAAGUAAAUUAACUAAGAGAUUAAGUCGUUCCACAUCAAAGCAAUCUAAUCCAGAUUUAACAGACAUUAAAAAAUCUCAAGAGUUAUCUGAAACCUUGAAAAAAUUUUUAAAUGAAAAAGAUUUAAAACCACAAGAAAUUUUAGAUUUAAUUGAAUUUGAAUUUGGUGACGAUAUGUUUUUUGAACUUCUAUCAGACAAUGAUAAGAAAAUUAUUAACGAACUUAAAAAAUCGGUUCAAAAACAACAAAUACAAAAAUCGUCACCACCACCUUCAUAUAAUGCUAAACCACCGCAAAAAUCACCCCCAUCAAGAUCUGCCUCACGAGAACAACUUAUUAGACAAAACUCUCAAAGUAGUGAUUCAUCAUCUUCAAAAAAAUCACCAGAUCGUUUAAAAUCAUCAAGAAUCCCAAUUCUUAAAAAUAAUAAAAUAAAUGAAUUACAAAAUAAUAAUUCAGAAUUUCGUCGCCAUAGUAUUGAUGAUUUAGAUUCAUGGUUUAAUCCAAUAAAAAAUAAUUUAUCUCGAAAACGUGAUAAUAGUUUGCAAUAUGAUUACAAUUUCGAUGAAAAUUCAAUGAACUCUUCGUUAACUGAACAAAAUAUUGCCAUAAAACAAUUUUUAGAUAAAAAAACUAAAUCUUCUAAUGAUUUAAGCAAAUCUUCAAUUCCAUAUAAAAUGACCGCGAUAAAUUUUGACCAGCCUCAACAAAAUGAACAAUUUAUUGAACAGAAUGAUCAUUCCGCUUUAUUAAAAUAUUUAGAAAAUAAAAACUAGAAUUAAUUAUAUUAAUUUUAAUAAUUGUUUGCAAAAAAAAAAAAAAAACACUAUAAUAAUGUUAAUAAGAAAUAUUAAAAUUUUUUUUUUUAUGUAAAAAUGUUAAAUUUGUUACAUAAUAUAUAACUAAAAUACUUAAUAAAAACGUAAUUAUAUAGAAUAAAAUUAUUUUAGAAACAUAUAUCUACAUGGUAUAUAAAAUGUAGGAAAAUAUAUGUAAGAGUUUUGUUAAAUUAAUUAAAAUUGUUAAAUUUAGUAAAAUAAUCUUUAAUUUCAAGGUGCUUAAAU